AUAUUACCGGCCGAGUCAAUAUUUACAAUAUGGCUCUAAGGCAUCACUUGUGUUAAAAAAGAAAACAAAACGUCAAAAUUACUGUUUGUCCUGAUAAAAACUCAAAAUUUCACGUGAAAUUUUCGUUGGUUCGUUAGAAAAACCAAGUAAUGGCAGAACAGGAUGAUAACUGGUUUGGUAGCUGGCUGAACGCCGCGAAAGAUAAGAGCUCUAAAGUGCUGGAAUUUGUCAAAAAAGAUUUGGAAGAGUUCGGGACCGCUGUUAAAAAUGAGGCGAGUUAUGUGGUUUCCUCUACAGGAAAUGUUAUUGAGAAAACUUUUAAGCUGGACACUCCAGACUCAACUGCCAGCUCCAUGAAAAGGAGUUUUAGUUCUUUUCUUGGUCAAAUGAACACUGUCCUAAACCCCACCCCUGACGAUUCAGACACUGAAGCCAUCCUAAUUGGUGAAGAUUCAGAAACCGUUCCCUUGACUAAGUUACAAAAAGCCAUUUACGAAUUACAAAAAGAGGAUGUCACUUUCACAAACGAUCCUGAAGAAGCCCUAGCGAAGAAAUUUGAGUGCUGGCUGGAGAUCAUUGACGAUCAGCUGUCUGAAGACAGGAUAAAUAAACACUUAACCAGUUCCACUGUGCUUAGAAACCAAUACGAGAAACUUGUGCCUGACACUGUGCCACACUCUUUAUUUUGGAAAAGGUAUUUAUUUAAAAGAGCGCUGUUAGAAGAUGAGAUCGCUCACCAGGAAGCCAUGGAGAAGAAGGAGAAAAAGGAAAAAGCCAUCACGGUUGAGACGGUCAAGUGGGAUCAAGAAGAUCUCGCACCAUACAUUGAGCUGACAGAAGAAGAGCAAAUCAAGCUACUUCAAGAGUACGAAAAUGAGAUUAAGAACAAACAGGACACCAAAUGUAAGGAAAGUAAGAAAGAAGCACCGAUGUCGGCAAUUCCAGACACUUGUGAUACUAAUUCUAAAGUCUCAAACUUAGAAGAAGAAAUGAAAACCUCCGAAACGAAAGCCAUUAAUAAAGUCGACUCCGCGAUUAGUUUAGAAACGACUAGCAGUAAUAGCAGUACAGACGGUGAUUGGGAAAAGAUCGGCGAUAUUGAUAAAUAGGUCAAUGUAUUCAGGAUUUAUAUUUAAUACUUUUUAUCAUACUUGUAGUUCACAAUGCAAUUUUGGGUUUUUAUUUAUGAAUUUUGCAACAAUAAAAUGUUUUUACUAGUCUAAUUUGUUUAAACUAUUGUAUUUUAUAUAUUGUUUAUCUCAAAUAAAUUGAUGUACGCAUUAUUACCUCAA